CCUAUAAAAACCCAUUCUGCAAUACUUCUCUGUUUGUGUUCUAUGAUCUCUUCUCUGCAAUACUUCUCUGUUCCAAUGCUGAGUUAUAGCCAGAGAAAGAUGAAGAUAUUACUCAUAUGUACGACUCAUCUGUUUAUAUUUCUUCAGUUUACUGUCAUAACGCAUGCAAUGUUGGACCCUAUGGAUUUCUUGGCUUUGCAAUCCAUUCGAAAAGCCUUCAAUGACAUGCCCGGUUCCAAUUACUUCUCCUCUUGGGAUUUCACUUCCGACCCUUGCAACUUCGCCGGCGUAUAUUGUGAUGGUGACAAAGUGAUCGCUUUGAAUCUUGGUGAUCCGAGGGCCGGUUCGCCUGGCCUUACCGGCCGGCUUGAUCCUGCCAUUGGAAAACUCUCCGGUCUCGCAGAGUUCACCGUCGUCCCCGGUCGGAUCAUGGGUUCACUGCCUCAUACUCUGUCUCAGUUGAAGAACCUCCGGUUCCUCGGCCUCAGCCGUAACUUCAUCUCCGGCAAUAUCCCGGCGACUCUAGGUCAACUUCGUGGACUGCGAACACUCGAUCUCAGCUACAACCUGCUCACCGGAAGUAUUCCUUGGUCUGUCGGAGCUCUACCGGCGUUGUCUAACGUCAUUCUAUGUCACAAUCAUCUCUCCGGUUCGGUCCCUCCUUUUAAAUCCCAAACCCUAACUCGGCUUGACCUCAAGCACAACGAUCUCUCUGGUUCUCUCUCACCGACUUCACUUCCACCCUCUCUCCAAUACCUCUCAUUGUCCUGGAACCAAUUAACCGGUCCAGUGGACCGGCUUUUAUCCAAACUAAACCGGUUGAGCUAUCUAGACCUGAGCAUGAACCGGUUCACUGGGACCAUUCCCGGCAACAUAUUUACAUUCGCAAUGACAAACCUUCAAUUACAGAGAAACUCUUUUUCCGGACCGGUUCAACCCGUUGAUCGGGUCACAAUCCCCACCGUUGAUCUUAGUUAUAACCGUUUGUCUGGUGAAAUAUCUGCGAUGUUCGCGACCGUACAGAAUCUUUACUUAAACAAUAACCGGUUCAGCGGUCAGGUUCCGGGUAGUUUUGUGGACCGGCUGUUAUCAGCGAGUAUACAGAUAUUGUACCUACAGCACAACUAUUUGACUGGGAUCGUGAUCAAUCCGACGGCUGAGAUUCCACUGAGAAGUUCGUUGUGUUUGCAGUAUAAUUGUAUGGUCCCACCAAUACAGACCCCUUGUCCCUUGAAGGCUGGGAAGCAGAAGAGCAGGCCUACUAAGCAGUGCGUUGAAUGGAAGGGGUAAAAUAAGGAAUUCGAGUUUGCACCGAGGGCAUAACGGGAAGAAUGGAUAUGUUAGAUUCCUUAAUCAUCAUAUUUUUGUGGAGAAAUUAGAUUGAUUUAUUAUCUUUAUUAAUAUGUUGGGAAUUAAUAAAAUUGAAUCGUAGAUAUUGAC